AUGCAGUCACUUUCUCGUCACUCCCUCCGUCUCGCUAAGAGACCAUUAUCAUCCCAAAUGAGACAGAUCUCAACUUCUAGACCGGCAAAGGCUGGAUUAGGCCCAGCCUCUGUUGGUCUGCUUGCAGCUGCUGCAUUGGCAUUUGGUGUCUAUUCCUUGGACGCUAGAUCUGCAGUACAGGAGUACGUUGUCUGUCCUCUCAUUAGAGCACUAACAACAGCAGAACAAGGCCACAAUUUAGGUAUAUUAUGCUUGAAAACAGGUUUGUAUCCAAGGUUAUUCUCUGAUGUUGAUGACCCUCUUUUGAAAGUCGAUGUUUUUGGCAAGACAUUGUCCAAUCCUAUUGGUAUGGCUGCUGGCUUUGAUAAGCACGGUGAAGCAAUUGAUGCUUUGUUUAGUUUAGGCUUUUCCUAUGUGGAAAUUGGGUCAAUCACCCCGGAGCCACAACCGGGUAAUCCUAAACCGAGAUUUUUCAGGUUAUCUCAAGAUGAUGCUGUUAUUAACAGAUAUGGUUUCAAUUCUGUUGGCCACUGGGCUGUCUUGGCUCGUUUGAGAGAGAGAUUUGCAAAGUUACAUACCAAGCAUCCAGACGCCACCUUGAAUUCAUUUCAGGACAAUAAAUUUUUAGCCAUCAAUUUGGGUAAGAACAAGACAGGUGAUGAAGUUGAAGAUUACUUGGCUGGUGUUCACAACUUCGGUCCAUAUGCUGAUGCUUUGGUUAUUAACGUUUCGUCUCCUAAUACCCCUGGCUUAAGAGAUUUACAGAAUGAAGCUAAGUUGACUAACUUGCUAACCAAGGUUGUUAAGGAGAGAAAUUCUCUUGAAGGCGAACUGAUUGAUCCAUCAAGGAAGCCUCCUGUUUUAGUCAAAGUGGCACCUGAUUUAACUGAAGCUGAAAUUGAAUCGAUUGCCCAAUCCGCUAAAGAUGCUAAAAUUGAUGGCAUCAUCAUGUCAAACACCACAGUUCAAAGACCAGUUGAUCAACUUAUUACCAAGGGUGAUAUUGUUAACGAAACUGGUGGACUGUCUGGUAAACCGUUGAAACCUAUUGCACUAAAGGCCUUCAGAACUUUAAGAAAGUACACUAAAGACUCAGAUUUGGUUUUGGUCGGCUGCGGUGGUAUUAGUUCUGGUAAAGAUGCAUUAGAGUUCGCUAGAGCUGGUGCAACUUUUGUUGAAUUCUAUACUGCUUUUGCCUACCAGGGUCCUGGUAUCACCAGAAAAAUCAAAGAUGAGAUCACUGAAGAACUCAAGAGAGAAGGUAAAACCUGGAUGGAAAUAGUUGGAAGUGAUGAUAAAUAA